CGACACUGAGCAUAGCCAAUAAUAUCACGCCUCUUUCUACUUCAACGUCCCACAGAGCAGAUGGCAAAAAGGGGCGGCGGCAGAGUGUACACGAUGGCUACCGGCGACUGAGACAGCUCUCCUCGGUUCCAGUUUCGCAGUUUUGGCAGGAUUCCUUCUUCUUCUAGUCUCGAACCCAAAACACUACGCAGUACCAUUUAGCUACAGCUGUGGCAGACUCCCCAUUGGACCCAGGCACUAUAAGAGAUUGAAAGAUGUGGAGAAGAUUUUUCACUACCAUCUCCACUCCUACCCAUCCAGCUACAGUAGCAUUACGUUCAUCUCUCGGCUUAUCACUUCCUCGCUUCUCUGCUUCCUCUGGAAAUGUGGACAUAUGGAAGGGGGCUGUAUCUUAUGUAAGUCUCUGUGUAGUGGCGUGGGUUAGCAAUGUAGCUUUAAGGACAUAUCCCGGGGUUGGAACGAGGGUAGGAGGGUCGCAGAGGGGUAGUGUAGUGUCACAUGUGCGUUUCGGAUCAUGGAACAUAGGGACCCUCACAGGUAAGUCUGUUGAGUUGGUGCAAGUUCUCAAGAGGAGAAGGAUUCAGGUGGCAUGCGUGCAAGAAACCAGGUGGGUGGGCACUAAGGCGCGAGAGGUUGAUGGUUUCAAACUGUGGUAUUCAGGUUCAGCUAGGGGAAGGAAUGGAGUCGGCAUUCUGGUGGCGCCGGAGCUGCGAGAGUUUGUGGUGGAGGUGAAGAGGAUUAGUGAUCGUCUGAUGUUUAUCAAGUUGGUUUUGGGUGGGUGUGCGAUCAAUGUCGUGAGUGCUUACGCCCCGCAUGUUGGCUUGGCAAACGAAGUAGAGAGGGAGUUUUGGGACGCCUUGGAUGGGGUGGUUGUUGGUUUUCCAUUAACUGAGAAAGUCGUCAUUGGAGGCGACUUCAAUGGCCAUAUUGGAGAAUCGGCCGUUGGCUUCGAGGACGUGCACGAUGGUUUUGGCUUUGGCAGCAGAACCCAGCGGGAGUUUCACUCUUGGAGUUUGCCAGAGCGAGUGAUUUGGUGGUUGCUAACUCUUGUUUCCCUAAACAAGACGACCAUUUGGCUACAUUUGUUAGUGGAGUGGGGACGACACAGAUCGACUAUCUUCUCCUGCGCAGGUGUGAUCGGGUGCUCUGCAAGGAUGCUAAAGAAAGAGUGGCGUUACGAGUGGAAUACAAGAAGGCACGCAAAGAAGCUAAGGGGGAAUGUCGCUUUUGAACGCCUCUACAAGGAUAUUGAUGAGAAAGGUAGUGUUAAUCCCCUAUUCCGGCUUGCUAAGGUGCGUGAGAGGAAGGCCCGAGAUCUGGAUCAUGUGAGAUGCGUGAAGGGCAGCGAUGGUAGAGUGUUAAUUGAAACUGCCAAGGUGGCUAAACGCUGGGGGGAGUACUUUAGUGAACUCUUAAAUGCGGGAGGAGACCAGAGGCUAGUUCUUAAUGAGUUGGGGCAGCCCAGGGCGUCUCGUGUGUAUUUCCGACGCAUUUACGUGGAAGAGGUAGUUCGGACUCUCCGCGGGAUGCGUAGUGGGAGAGCUUUGGGACCAGAUGAGAUUCUGGUGGAGUUUUGGAAGCAUGCGGGUUGUGGUGCGUGGGUUUGGUUAACCAAACUCUUCAAUGUUAUCCUCCGAACAGCAAGGAUGCCUGCUGAGUGGAGGGAGAGUUUCUUGGUCCCUCUGUUUAAAGGCAAAGGUGACAUUCAGAGCUGCGAGAAUUACAGAGGUAUCAAACUGCUUAGCCACACCAUAAAGGUUUGGGAGCGAAUCAUUGAGUAUAGGGUGCGGAAAGGGGUUUGCAUCUCUGAGAACCAGUUUGGUUUCAUGCAUGGCAGAUCGACUACAGAGGCCAUUCAUCUCGUGAGGAGGUUAAUGGAAGAGUAUAGGGCUAGGAAGAAGGACCUUCAUAUGGUGUUUAUUGACCUUGAGAAGGCGUACAAUAGGGUGCCAAGGGAGGUCUUAUGGAGGUGCCUUGAGACGAGAGGAGUUCCCAUCGUGUACACUCGCGCGAUCAAGGAUAUGUACGAUGGGGCUAUGACCAGGGUAAGGACUUUCGGGGGUGACUCAGAGUCUUUCUCGGUAGGCUUGGCGCCGUUGGAAGAUAAGUUGCGGGAAGCGAGGUUGAGAUGGUUUGGUCAUGUGAGACGGCGGGAUGCUGACGCCCCUGUACGGAGAUGCGAGAGGAUUACGGUUAUCGGGGGAAGUAGGGGAAGAGGUGGAGCCGGGGGUCUCUUGGAAACGGCCUCCCUACUUCCGAGUAGGGGCAAGUACAGCAUUGGAACUAAAGAAGAGUCUCUUGUACAUUCAAAGGAAAAUGGCAUUGCAUCAGUGACAUCAUAUCAUAAGGGUCCUAGUUCCUAUUUGUCACAACUCUCCCCAUUGGGCCAUAGUUUUCAAAGAAGAUUCGUUGCCACCAUUGGGUCAUUAGGGGAUACCGUUUCUCAAGAUGCUUCAGCUUCUAACUCUCUGGUGACUCCACGUAUUAAGUUUAAGAGGCUGGAUAAGACGGCAAAGCACAUAAUGCAGAUUCUCGAUAAAGAGGCAGUUGAAGAAGUGAAGACACAGAGGGAGAUACUCGAUAUACGACCUGGCUAUAUUUUGCAGCUCAAAGUGGAAGUACCUGAAAACAAGAGACGUGUUUCAAUUAUAAAAGGAAUUGUGAUAGCCAGACGAAAUGCUGGGUUGAAUACCACAUUCAGAUUAAGAAGGCUCGUGGCAGGGGUUGGUGUUGAAUCCGUCUUUCAUCUAUACUCACCCAAUAUAAAGGAAGUAAAGGUGGUGGACAAGAAGAAGGUGAGAAGGGCAAAGCUGUACUAUCUCCGGGAUAGAAUGAACGCAUUAAAGAAGCAAUGAACGAGUCUACCAAAUGGAGUUGGCAAGGUAAAUGUCGGAGUCGAAGAAAUGGAAGGAGAAACCCAUUUUUUUUGCAGUAAUUUCACCAUCCUAGCUAAGUGUUGAUUUUAGUGCAAAGUUACCUAUUCUAUAUACAUGUUGGAUGGGUUCUUUAUUUUUAUUAUUUUUUGCUUUGUUAGAAAUAAUAAUGGAGUAUAUUUUUAACUGGAUGUUUUAUUGUUAUGGAAUCCUUCAUUUGGAGGGAUAGACAGAGACUACAAUACUGCUUGUUGUUCCACAGGAUUGAAGUGCACAAG